ACACUUCAUGUGGGUGUUCCUUGUAUUGGGGCGUGGCCGCAUGUUUGUGCUGCAGCGAGACCAGAAACAGAACAGUGCAGCCUGUGGGGCCCCCUGUCCCUCUCCUAGAGCCUCCUGCAGACCCCCGCGGCCCACCACUGCUUGCUUCUGCCUGAGACAAGGACAGCCCUUGUUCUCCUCUCCUGAAGCUGGAAUAGAGGGGAUUUAUUGCCUGUUAACUUCCCGGAGUGCCUUUCACCAAACGAUGUGGCCCGUUCACGAGAGGGUGUCCGGGUUAAGGAAUCACUUCUGAGGACUUCAGCCUCUGUUGGAAGGGACGUCGGGAAGGAACUAUGGCUCUGCAGAAAGGUCUCCGGAUGUGGUUUGGGGAUGAGCUGUCGUCGCCGAGGCCACCGUUGACUCCUUGCCACGGUCCGGGUCUGACUGACGUUUCUCGGUACGACCAGUGGCUGAACGUGCGGCACGAGGCCACCCUGGUCCCCAUGCAGGAAGACCUGGCCAUCUGGCUCAGUGGGCUACUAGGGAAGGAGCUCAGAGCAGAGAACUUCAUGAAGAACCUGGACAAUGGUGUGGCACUCUGCAAGCUAAUCGCUCUUCUCCAAAAGAAAGUGAAGGAAUGUAGGAAUCUGGAGAACGUGGAGCAUUUCACACUGCGGAGGGUUCGGUGUAAAGCUGACGCCAGCUCGGGAUCCUUCUUUGCUCGCGACAACACGGCCAAUUUCCUCUCGUGGUGCAGAGCCAUUGGAGUGGACGAGACCUACCUGUUCGAGUCUGAGGGACUGGUGCUGCACAAGCAGCCCCGGCAGGUGUGUCUGUGUCUGCUCGAAAUUGGCCGAAUUGUGUCCCGCUUUGGGGUGGAGCCUCCGGUACUAGUGAAACUAGAGAAGGAAAUUGAACUCGAGGAAUCUCUGCUGACCAACUCCAAACACGUCGCUCAUGCAGAAAACCCAAAGCCAAGUUGUCAUAACAAAGAGCUUCAUCAAGCGGUGAAAGUAAUUGCCAACGACCCUCCUUGCAAAUGUUCCCACCGGUUCUCCAUCGAGUUCUUAUCCGAAGGUCGCUAUCGCCUGGGUCAGAAGAUACUUUUCAUCAGGAUGCUGCACGGGAAGCACGUGAUGGUCCGUGUUGGCGGUGGCUGGGACACGCUCCAGGGCUUCCUACUCAAGCACGACCCAUGCCGUGUGCUGCACCUCACGGCACUGGAGGAGAAGAUCGUGGCUUGGGAGCGGUCUGGAGCCCCCCGCCCCAAGACCCCCCGCCCCUCCCCCCACUGCCGCUGCACCCACUCCCCCGCCCGGCCAUCCCCCAGCAUCCGGGUCUGCUCCCCUGCCCCUGAGUUACCUCUGACCCCGAGGCUCGGAGUUGGACGAUGCCGCCAGGCCCGGCCAUCCCCCAGCAUUCGGGUCUGCUCCCCUGCCCCUGAGUUACCUCUGACCCCGAGGCUCGGAGUUGGACGAUGCCGCCAGGCCCGGGCCUCCCCCAGGACUCCGGGCAGGACCCCCCUGAGGAGACCCCCGGGGCUGGGCGUGGCUGAACCCGCCCCCAAGCUGAGCGCCCGUUCUCCGGCCCCCCCCCUGCACCGUCGCAGGGCCGUGCCUGUCGCAGGGCCUGUCCCAACCAAGGCCUCGGGCCUGUCGCGAGCCCCAGCGGCCUCCCCCGCCCCUUCCCCCUCCCCUCACACCCCUCGUAACCCUCUGGCCCCAGUGAAGUUGCUCCAGGGCCCGGCUCAGACAGCCAAAACCUCUAGGCCUAGGCCCAAGGCCCAGCCGGCCACUCUGGCCCGCUCUGCCGUGAAAGCUGGACCCUCGGCCCCCUCCCACCGCCCCCCGAGACGGGACGAGGACAAUUACCUGGUGAUGACUGGGGGAUCCCGGGCCAGGGAGUGACGGGACUGGCUGCCGGGAAGGUGGUGUGCGGGCAGUGAACUUGGGCAGGGAAGCCCCCUUGGGUCUGCUCCAGGGAUACCCCAUCGGUGGUGCACAGGUCAAUAUUUAACCGCGGGUGAUCAUGCAUUGCUGCCUGUGGGAUCUUGCUGUGCGCUCACUGCCUACAUCCCAGCCUUGGAUCUUCAUUGACUGGCCUUCCUUGGCCGAGCUUUGCCUCAAGACUCCCCACCGAGCAUUAACCCCUCCAUUGAUGACCGGAGGCUCUUCUUACAGGCCCGUGUCCCGAGCCCGACUCUGAACCCGUGCUCCACCUGCGUCCACCACCUUUGGCCUUCCUUAAUCUGAGUCCCCUUCUGGAGAAGGUGGGAGGGGAGAAACUGACCCUGGAGGUCAUCCAGUCUCAGCCCAUCCACCCCACACCCUGCCCAUCUCUGUGGCCCUGGGGUGAGGAGUCGCAAGUGAUCUCACCCCACCUUCUCUGGGCUGCAAAACACUAAAGCAGGACCUUGUAUUUAACUUUUAAUAAUAUCCUCGGACCAUUGAAAAAUAAUAUUGUGGUGCGGAGGAUUACAGUGCAAGAGGGCAGCCCCUUGAACUCUCCCUGCCCCCUGAAUGCCCACAGACAGUGGGAAUCAGAGCAGCCCGUUAAGGACCAAUACGGGGACAUUCCUAGCCGUUACUCUCUUAGUUACAGCACUGGCUAAUGGUGUCUCUUACUACUGAACCAUGGUCUCUAGAUUGCUCCAUGGACACCACAGGAGACCAUUUCCUGGGCAAAAUGUCCUGCAGUCAGCAAAGUGCAAGAUGUUCCUCGCUCCUUCUGUAUUUAUGUUUGUGUAUUUAUGUUUGUGAUUCAGGUGGAGGUAAAAUGGUGUUGCGGGCAGGGUGAUGAGUGAGUUGGCCAGGUGCCCUGGGAGGGCGUUCUGUAGCAGCAGAGGGCGAGGCAGGUUGUCCGGGGUGGUUGGUGGAAGUUAAAAUGUUAGAUGUUUAUCAGAGCAGAAAUGUCUUCAGACAGGACCAAAGGGCAGAGUGUUCCACAGUCGGUCUGCUUACUCAUGGAAUCAUGCUGUCCAAAUCCAGUUUCUGAUGGCCCAGCGCUCUUUGGCACGGACUAUCUGGGUUCAAUUCUCGGCAGUUCACCUUUCAGGGUAACGCGUGGGCAAGGUCAAUCUGAGGAAGGAUCCCGACCCCGAAUCCAUGUUCUCCACAGAUGCUUCCUGACCCAGUAAGUUGUUCCAGUGCUCUGUGUCCUUGUGCGAUGAGGGAAGGUUGCUUGUUCGAAAGUUUCCAACUCGCCCGAGUCAGUGUAACGUCAGGAAGCUGGGCACUGAGUUACGGGGCGGGUCAUGACCCCAACCAUUCCAGGGCCCCAAACAGACCAUCCGCCUUGUGUGUUGGUUCUGUGCGUACUCCCGAGCAAAUGAAUGAAUAGAGGGAGAGUAGGUAUUCAUGGCUGCAUUGGAUGCUAUUGCACCUUGAUAUGGCCAAGCUGGUUCCAAUAGUUUGUUGGUGGGGUGACUGAGGUGCCUUCAGUCUCCCUGCUUGUCUUGGGUAGUGUUGGGAGGGAGCCUCUGUUCUCUGCAUAAGCCCUUUGCUGCUGCCACCAUCUCCAGCAGGAGACAUCAGGCUGUGACCUCCAAUGCUUCUUACUUUGAAGGUUGGAUGUGCACCAGCACAUCCGUGGAAAGUGCUUGGUUCCCCACAACCCUCGUGGGGAGGGGGUGGUGCCAGGGGUGAAGUCCCCUUCUCUGGAGAACCCCCCCUAUAAACUGCCCCUGCCCUGGGUAAUAGUGGUGGGACUUAUGGGAGUGGUCUGUGGUUGUGUAGUCCACACCGUGCCCCAGUCGGGUGCAGGCACCUCUCGAGUCACCGCUACAGAGUCAAGGAACUGUCUUUGGAAGAAGAAGAGCAGGCCAUUCAGCCCUCUGAACCCAUAUUAUCCUUCAGUUGGAACAUUUUCAAUUGCCACUACCUCAAGUUAUUCCCCCUGGUGUCUAGAUUCCAUGGACCAGGAAGAGUUCCUCACAGCUUUGUGAGAACAUUCUUCCAGGUGUCACUCCAACUGUUUGGUUCUACGUUAAGUCAACCCUCCUCUGUUUCCUCCCUGGAGGAAUAUGUACUCCCUCCGUCCUUUGCAUGGUUGCAAAUGCUUGGACAAGUUUGACCCAACACUCCAGACCAAUAGAAGCCAAGUUAACGCAACCUGUCUUCAUGUUAUAUCGCGGAUGCUGCAUUUAUCUAAAUGUCAUCAGGCUUUCCAAAUUUUCUCUGUGCUGGCAUUAUACAUCUACAUAUUUCUGUACUCUGUACUCCUGCAUCACCCACUAUGAUGCAGAACAUUGUGUAACUUAGAGGGGAAUAUCAAGGUACUUAACACUGGAGUCCUGUUGUGGAAGGACAUCUUUAGCGCUUUACAGCCGGGUACUGUUUAUUGGGGUCUUACCGUGGUUUUGCCACCAUUUCUCUCCUGCAGGAGGUAAUGUUUCCCCCUCCCCAUCGCCUGCAUGUGGGUGGGGGGGCUUCCCUUGGGAACUAAACUGGAAAAAGCAAGAGCUCUUGAGACUUGUGUUACUGUAAAUGGUUGAAACCCGAGCUUGAUCUUUUAGUUAAAAGUCAGCCUUGGAAUGCUGGAGGCACUGAUUUUGAUACAUGUCUUGGUUGCAUCAACUCUGUGAGAACCUCAACAGCUGUAAACUGGAAAUAUAGCUCUACUAAAAAAUAUAUUUAAUACCAAAACAAUCAAUAAAACUAUUGAAUGGAACACG